AUGAUUGCUUCAAGAUUCUGUCGCGCGGCUCCUCGCGUCCCAACACAAUUCAUUCGCUCUCCUGCAUUCAGAGUCCCAUCUACUCCAUUCAGAAGAUGGAACUCGACAGAAGGUGGUGAGGAGAAGGUGAAGGGCCAGGUCAUCGGUAUUGAUCUUGGUACCACCAACUCUGCCGUUGCUGUUAUGGAAGGAAAGACCCCAAAAAUUAUGGAAAACUCUGAAGGAACACGAACCACACCCUCCGUCGUUGCUUUCACCAAGGAUGGCGAGCGCCUUGUCGGUGUUGCUGCCAAGCGUCAAGCCGUCGUCAACCCUGAGAACACUCUCUUCGCCACCAAGCGAUUGAUCGGUCGUAAAUUCACCGAUGCUGAGUGCCAGCGAGAUCUCCAGGAGGUUCCUUACAAGAUCGUCCAACACACCAACGGUGACGCCUGGGUUGAGGCCCAGGGCCAGAAAUACUCCCCAUCUCAGAUUGGUGGCUUCGUCCUCCAGAAGAUGAAGGAGACCGCUGAGGGUUACCUCAACAAGCCAAUCAAGAACGGUGUCGUUACUGUCCCUGCCUACUUCAACGAUUCUCAACGUCAGGCUACCAAAGAUGCUGGUCAAAUUGCUGGUCUUAACGUCCUCCGUGUCGUGAACGAGCCCACUGCUGCUGCCCUUGCAUACGGUCUUGAGAAGGAGCAGGAUCGUGUCAUCGCUGUUUACGAUCUUGGUGGUGGUACUUUCGAUAUCUCCAUUCUCGAGAUCCAGAAGGGUGUGUUUGAGGUCAAGUCCACCAACGGAGACACCCAUCUCGGUGGAGAAGAUUUCGAUAUCACUCUCGUCCGCAGCAUCGUCCAACAGUUCAAGAAGGACUCUGGCCUCGACCUCUCCGGUGACCGCAUGGCCAUCCAGCGUAUCCGUGAAGCCGCUGAGAAGGCCAAGAUGGAACUGUCCUCUGCCUCCCAGACCGAUAUCAACCUUCCCUUCAUCACUGCCGAUGCCUCCGGUGCUAAGCACAUCAACUCCAAGCUCACCCGUGCCCAGCUCGAGGCCCUCGUUGACCCUCUGAUCCAGCGCACUAUCGAGCCAGUCCGCAAGGCCCUGAAGGAUGCUAACCUCCAGGCCAAGGAUAUCCAGGAAGUUAUCUUGGUUGGUGGUAUGACCCGUAUGCCCAAGGUCACCGAGUCCGUCAAGAGCAUCUUCGGCCGUGAACCCGCCAAGUCUGUUAACCCCGACGAGGCCGUUGCCAUUGGUGCUGCUAUCCAGGGUGCUGUCCUUGCUGGUGAAGUCACUGAUGUCUUGCUUCUCGAUGUCACUCCUCUCUCCCUCGGUAUUGAGACCCUCGGCGGUGUCUUCACCCGUCUGAUCAACCGUAACACCACCAUCCCUACCAAGAAGUCUCAGACCUUCUCCACCGCCGCUGAUUUCCAGACUGCCGUCGAGAUCAAGGUGUACCAGGGUGAGCGUGAGCUCGUCCGUGACAACAAGUUGCUUGGAAACUUCCAGCUUGUUGGCAUUCCACCAGCUCACCGUGGUGUCCCACAAAUCGAAGUCACCUUCGACAUUGAUGCCGACUCCAUCGUCCACGUCCACGCCAAGGACAAGUCCACCAACAAGGAUCAGUCCAUCACCAUUGCUUCCGGCUCUGGUCUCUCUGACUCUGAGAUCCAGAACAUGGUUGAUGAUGCUGAGACUUACCGUGCCCAGGAUAUUGAGCGCAAGGCCAUCAUUGAGGGUGCCAACCGUGCUGACAGUGUCUUGAACGAUACCGACAAGGCCCUCAAGGAGUUCGAAGAUAAGCUCGACAAGACUGAGGCCACUCAGAUCUCCGAGAAGAUUGCUGCUCUCCGAGAGAUUGUUGCCAAAUGCCAGGCUGGUGAAUCUUCCCUGACUGCCGAGGAGUUGAAGGCUAAGGUGGACGACCUCCAGACCUCUUCCUUGACCCUCUUCGACAAGAUGCACAAGGCCCGCAACGAGGAGAGCCAACAGCAGCCACCACAGGGCGGCGCUGACGCCCCACCAGCUGGUGAGGGUGAGAAGAAGCAAUAA